GAGCUGGGUAAAAGUUCAGUAUUUUUUGUGCUCUUCAGACACGGUGUUUACUAGACGAAGGAAUGAAAACAAGGACUAUUUUUUUGGGUCCAACUCUUUCGACGCUGUCCAUUGGCGGUCUCCUGCUGUCAAUCAAGAGUGGGCGGUGUCAGCUGACAAAUGAUAGUUCCAGUAAGUCCUCACAUGCUGUACAACACAGAGUCAACAGGCUGUUCGGGGCGCAGACGGAACAUCACUACGACUGGAUAACAAAAACAAACCAGCGGGUCAAACACCCUGUGGACACUUAGACAACCUUUUUUUUUUCUCAUGAAAGGCCUUUUUGGAAACAUACUUUUUUAUUGUUGUUAACACAGAUUUCUACCGGCUUGGGAUGUGACUUCCAGUGUAGUGACUUUGCGCCCAGGCGGAGCACUGUUUUCCCGGACAAUUUUGUCUUGUGUUCGCUCACAUUUCAAAGGCGAAGUUGCUACUUUUAAAGGGUCGACAGGUUCGUCACAUUUACAUGACAUUGUAACACUUGUUGCUCCGUCACCUCUCGACCAUGGCGGAAGCGGCCCAACAGCCACACCUGGUGGAAAUCGACCCGGAUUUUGAGCCCCUGUCGCGGCCCCGGUCGUGCACUUGGCCCUUGCCCCGGCCGGAGUUCAUCAACCCGGGCGACUCCAACACGUCCUCGCCCGUGCCGUCUGUGAAGCAGGAGCCCGCCGGCAAUGCCGACUUCAUCAACAACCUUAGCCUGCUGGAGGAGACCGAGGACUUCACGGAGCAGAAGCCUGUCAUCCUGUGCACUGAUUUCCAGUGUCAGGAGAACUGCGUCCACCAGCAGCCUCCACAGCAGCAGCAGCAGCAACAUCAGCAGCAACAUCAGCAGCAUCAGCAGCAGCACCCGAACCCGCAACUCCCGCAUCAUCAUCAUCAGCAACAGCAGCAGCAGCAGCAGCAGCAGCAGCAGCAGGUGCCUCUGCUCUCCUCCCCGGUCGGAUCGUCGUCCACGGCGGCCGCAGCUGCCGCCGCUGCCCAGAGGAAGAGCAGCUCCUCCCGGCGAAACGCGUGGGGGAAUAUGUCAUAUGCAGACCUCAUAACCAAAGCUAUCGAAAGUUCUCCUGAGAACCGACUAACUCUGUCUCAGAUUUAUGACUGGAUGGUGAAGAGUGUGCCUUAUUUUAAGGACAAAGGAGACAGCAAUAGCUCUGCAGGCUGGAAGAACUCCAUUAGACACAACCUGUCGCUGCACAGCCGCUUUGUUCGCGUCCAGAAUGAGGGGACGGGAAAGAGCUCGUGGUGGAUGCUAAACCCAGAGGGCGGGAAGAGCGGCAAGUCGCCGCGACGCAGGGCAGCCUCCAUGGACAACAAUAGCAAGCUCACCAAGAGCAGAGGAAGAGCAGCUAAGAAAAAGCUGUCCCUGCAGGGCGGCCCUGACGUAGGCGCAGACAGCCCUGGCUCCUACUCCAAGUGGCCUGGAAGCCCCAACUCCCACAGCAACGACGACUUUGAUGCAUGGAACAGCUUCAGGCCUCGGACCAGCUCCAACGCUAGCACUCUGAGUGGCCGCCUCUCACCCUUCAUGCCAGAGGAUGACCUCGGGGAGGCAGACGUGCAUAUGGGCUACCCAGGAGCUCCUGGGGCCAAGAUGACGGCCACGCUACCCAGUCUCACAGAGAUGACAGGCUCUUUGGGACACAGCUCUGAGAAUGUCAUGGAAAACCUUCUGGACAACCUGAACUUGCUGUCGCCCAACAACUCUCAGGUUGGAGGCGGGGCGACGACCCCUGGCUCCUCCCAGUCCUCCCCCUCUCCUAUGAUGCAGCCGAGCCCUGGGUACCCCACGUACAGCUCCCCCAGCAUGGUGUCGCAGCCUCAGCAGGAGUACCGCAAGUGUGUGUAUGGCCAAGCGGGAAUGAACACACUGUCGUCCAUGCCGCUGCAGACACUGCCAGAGAGUAAGCCCAGCUUCGGGCCCACUAUGGGCCAGUAUAGUUGUCCUGCGGGGCUUCUGAAGGAGCUGCUGACGACAGAUACAGACCAGCACGGAGAUCUAAUGCCGUCAGUGGACACUGUGGUGUCUCAGUCGAGCGGAGGCUGCAUGCUGCCGCCGUACAGCAGCAGCCAGCAUGCUGCCAAACUAAUGGGAGGAGGUAACAGCCACCCUCACGGCCUCUCUCACACUCACCCCCACAAUGUGCACAGCCAAGCCCCAGCCUCAUCACCAGCUAUGAAUGGCCGCUUGCUCAUGCCCCUGAGCCACAGCGGGGGCACCCCGCGUUCCCUACAACCAAAAAGCCCUAUGCAGAUGCCUUAUGGCAUCUCCAGCCACCUCAGCGGGGGAGGCAUGUCUGGUGGCUUCUGCCCUCUCAACACCAACGGAUACGGCCGACCGGGCCUGCCACAGCCCUCACACCCGGAGAAGCUGCCCAGCGACCUGGAUGACAUGUCCAUUGAGAAGUUUGAGUUUGACAUGGAGACGGUUCUCCAUGACACUCUGAUGGACGGAGACUCUCUGGAUUUCAACUUUGAGCCAAUGGUGACCCAACAAGGUUUCCCCCACGGAGUGAAGACCACCACACACAGCUGGGUGUCAGGGUAGAAGCUGUAGGGUGAAAAAUGUUCAGUUCAAAUGACUGCUGUCGCUGUUUGGUAAAAGACACAAUCAGAACUCAUUUGAGACAAAAAGUGUAUCCUCAUCACAUCUUCACCUGCAGUUUCUGUACCAUCAACAUUUCUGUUUCAAAAACACUUUUCGGGUCACUUCAGGAGACUGACACUGGUCAUGAUCUGCUGAGAAUGCAUCUCUAUUAGUUUCCUAGAACUGGUGAAGUUGAAAUCAGAAUUAUUUUUGAAAUAUCAAAUAUUCUGUACAAACUAAGUGCCAAACAUUUUGCCUUAAUGUAAGAGCCAAACUGAAACACACCUCUCUGGUUUACUCAUAAAGGUUACAGAUAGCAACAGCACAAUCUGUAGAAGUGCUCUAACUCAUACCAUGCUGUUUACUGGGUUUCCACAAUCAAACGUUUUGUAUGUACAGUGUGGUGAUAAUUGGUUACCACUACAGAAGAAUUAUGAAGGUAAUCUGGCUCAUGGGUUUGUGGACUGACAUGACAUAAAGUGAGAGACUUCUCAAGGGAUCCUCGGAUGAUGUUACAUAAUGACUCACUUUGUUAUUGCCUGAAUGUACAUAAUGUCAUCAUACAGUUUGUAAAAUCAGGUCUCGUAGUGUAUUUUCUAAGACUGUAAAUAGUGUUUACAGAGCGGAAGCAAAAAAAGGCAGCAGAAAUGAGCUCACAGAGAAAACUGGAUCAGAUUCUUUUAAAUCAGUCAGGCUGUAAAAUGGAAAUACACUUUCAGAUUUAUUGUACAUACGUUAAGAUUGUAUAUCAAAAUGAUGUAGUAGAUGUUUACUAGAUUUAGUAUAUAUUUGAGACCUAAAUUAUUUGUGGUUAAUAUAGAUUUAUGCUGGUGCAUAACCUGCACUCAGACAUCAGAAUUGUUCUGAGUCAUUCGUCACUCUGAACCUUAAUACCACAGGGGCCUAUUUAUUGUGCCUAACAAAGUAGAUAUCAACUGCAGGCUUGAAGGGUUUUGUAUUGUAAAUGUCUACGGUCCAGAAGAUACUCAAAUCCAGCGGUCUUGAAGAAAAGUACAGUGAAUUCUUUAUUUUCAGUUCCCGGCUUUCCCUUUUUUUUUUUUUUUUUUAGAAGUCAAGAAGAAACGAGUGAGCGGAUUGUUAUUGUCAAGGUUUCCCGAUAGCUUCGCAGUGCUGUGAAUGUUAAGAGGUCAAGGCAGGUUUGUUUGAUAAAAGAUAUUCUCAGUGCUACUGUUGUUGUUUUUUUAACACCAAGGCUGAGUCUAAGACCUGCCAGAGAUUGUCAUUAAAGACACUGUGAGUAACCAGCCUGUCCCCUGUUCAGUUUCAGAAUUCGUUUCAUUUUCUUUGUCGUAAAAGGUUAGUAUUAUUGGUCUAAUUUAGUACAAUAUGAUUCCUUUUUGUCCAAAAGAGCCCUCUGAUGCUGUCAAUAGGAUCAGCUUUACUGCUUUUAAUGAGACUCCACUUUUACUCUGCCCCUCCUACCUCUACCUAUCUCUGUCUUUUUAAACAUUUGAUAUAACGGUAACACGUUACUUGAUAGCUCCAAUCAUCUUUAAAUAACAAGUCUAUUUUCAUUAUUUUUUAAUGUUGCCCUUGAACAGCGCCACUAAGUGUUAAGUAUCUUAUCUAGCUUGUAUAUUUGCAUUUUCUGACUUGCUUUUCCCACUUAUUGCUGUACUAACAAUGAGCUUUUCAGCCUGUCAGUGACUUAUUAUGCAGAGUCACAAAUAGUGUACAAGGUUGUUGCUACCUUUGUGAAGAUGGUGUCUGUAAACAUGACUGCUUCUCAUGAAGUCGACUGGUUCGGUGGCUUAUAGACUAAAAUGGAAAACUGCCUAUUCGACAUUAUUGUUUAUUGUAUGAUUAAUCCAGACACCACAUAUGUCAGUGGGUGUCUGAUCAUGUGCUCUCAAGGGCUCUGGGUAUGCAGGUUUUUAUUUAAGUCGUUCCACUAUUGAGUUCACCUCCAGCUGGAGGGCGAAGCUCUGUAAUUAGUUCUGGUGUUUGCUUGAAACGAAAACUUUCAUACUCUAGACCAGUAAUGGCACACGAUCUGACACCGCUGACAUAGAUUUUAAGAAAGCCAGGGAGCGGGGCAGGUAAAUGAAAUUCUUAACAUUUCAAAAGGCCCUGCAGAGAAGCUGUUAAAGAAGCUGCUGUUUGGCUUUGGUGCCAGGUGUUGCCUUUUCUUACCCAAACAUGCCAUAGUGUACUAUAGCCAAAUUUGCCUUUUGAAGUUAAAGUGAUAUAUUAAGCAUUUUUAUCAUGUGAUAUGUUCAGAAUUAUAUAUAUUUGUGCCGGUCACUCAAGUCAGGAUAAACUGUAAUGAAUCCAUGUAGUCAGUGUCACAGGGUUCACUCUAAAGUAAAAGAGCUGUACUAAGUAAAUUAUAUCUCUACAUUUUUAAAUGAUUGAAUCUAUGCAUUGUAUUCCUUAAUUUUAUGUUGCUAUUGUUAUAUUUUCUUUUUCUUUGAACUUCUGACAGAGAUAUUUUAUUGUAACAUAGCGCUGUGAGAUAUUAUGGUAUUGUUGUUGUCAAAACUCAAUGUUCCAGAUAGUUAUAUGGGAAAAAAAUGAAGUUUAUUUAGAAAAUAGAUGAUGCAGUGAUUAAUAUGCUAAGCUUUUGUAAACUGACAAUGUUGUAUUUCUUGUAUUUAGCUACAGUUUUUAGAAAAUAGCAUCAAAAAGCAAAUUACUGAAAAAAGGAAAGAUAUAUUGCAUUUUUAAAAUGAAAAAAACAAUAUUUAGUCUGUCAGUCCUGAUCAGAAUGCAGAUUCUGGACCAAUUUUUGUAAUUUUAUGAGUAGAAAAGAUAUUGCACUUUUACUUACAUUUUAUAACAAAGUGCUCCUCAUAACAAGAGGAAGAGUUCCCAUUACAUAUUUUAAAAUAAAAAUCUGUUACAUUUAACUUAUAUACAGAAAUAAAUUGGACUUGUGCUGUGUGAUUUGCAAUCAAUUAGAAUAUGUAACUGUUCAAUAUUAAUGUACUAAGACCUGAAUAAAUGUACUUCUGUGUUAAA